UACAGGCUUCAAAGUUCAACUCGAACCCUCCGCGGUGGCUCCCAGGAGAGCACCACGGGCACCGGGGUUCCUUGAGCCGCGGCCACAAGGAAGCAGAUGCUGUUUGUCCGAAGAACGCAGCCAGUUAGCAGGACACCAGGCGCUGAGUCAGGCACGGGAGCGCCGGCUGCAUUCCGCCUUCCCCGGGAGAGCGCUCCCCAGGCCGGUCCCUCCAACCGGGCCCAGGAAAGGAGGGGGCGGGGAGAGGGGAGUCCCCGGGCCGGGGCGCGACCAGGCGGCUCCCCGCCGCGCCCCCCGCAACUCCGGCGGGACGGCCCGGGGCACGGCGCAGACGGCGUCCCUCCGAGGGACAAAGAUCGGGCUGGCACGGCCGCGCCGGGCUCGGCCUGGAGGGGAGGUGUGAGGCGGGGGUGGGGUCCCCGAAGGGGCCCUCGCGGGGCCGCGGGUCGGGGCCGGCGGUGCCAGCCUCGCCGCCCCUCCCCCCCGCCAGCCGCGCUCCCGGGGAACCUGUUGAUGAAGAUCGCCCCGGCCCCGCCGCCCCCGGUCCGUCCCUUACCUCCGCGCCCCUGCGGCGGCCGCUCCGCUCGCCCCUCCGUCGCUCCUCCGCGCCGGCCCGGGCGACAGCGCUCCGGCGGGCCGCCCUCGAGGCACCGGAUAAAGAAGCCAGAAACUCCCGGCGUUUCCCCCCGCUCGCCACAGCCGAGCCUCGGAACCCCCGAGGCCCCGCCCCCUGCCCACCGCCAGCCUCCUCCGUCGCCGCCGUCGCCAGCGACUCCGCCUCGAGACCGCGCGAGACCGGCCCCCGCGGCUGACGCGAGCCCGCGCACGCGCCCCCGCGACUCCCGGCGCGCCGGGCCCGCCCACGGCCCCGCGAGAGGGCCGGAACGCACCGUCCAAUCCCGAGCCCGCGCGGAGACGGGGCCCGCUCAUUGGUCCGCUCCGUCCCCCCCGCCCCACUCCCGCGCUCGGCCGCGCGCACUCGGGCGCCUCGGAAUUGCGGAGCGCUCGCUCCGACCGCCGAGUCACCUCGGCCCGCCGCCCCCGCCGGAGUGGGGUCGCCGAGCCCCCCUGAGGCGGCAGACGCUCGACGGUCCGCGGCCUCUCUGCGCCAGGCGAGCAGUCAUCUCCUGAGGAAAAUCCGGGUCCCUCUGAAGAGAUUCCUGUUGUCCUGUCAGGCACGUCAAAAAUGCUAACACUCACUUAAACAAACAAACAACAAAAACCCAACCGUGACGCAAACCCCUGGGUGUGUGUAAAGUACCACACAAUUGCCCGAUUCCGCAGAACACUGGUUUCUGAAAACCAUGGAGAACGGCAAGAGCCACAGCUGUCGUCACAGAAUUCUCUGGAGAAGAUUUGGACUUUACGUAGGCCAUUGCCAGCGCGAGACUGUGCUGUCAGGGCAGGCCUGUGGCACCAUCUGAAAAGGUGGGGGGCACCAAAGUGUUAUGAAAGUGAGUCCACGAAGGACUGGACUAGGACCAGAGAGAAAUAUGUUCUAUCCAGAAAUCUCUUCUGUUGGACCAAAAUCCAUUGCUUCAGUCUGCUGAGCUUUCUCCAGGGGCAUAGGCAUAGACAACUGUCCCUCAGUGCCUUACUUGCGAGUUGUCGUGUCGCUAUUUCCUCCCACCGUGGUUUUUAAGUAUCGUUCCCAGUAUACCCAGGCCCCUCUCAUCUUUUCACAUCCUUACCCUUUUCGUCUUACAGGUUGUUGGUGUUCCCAGGAAACCCUAUGUCCUCUGAAUUAAGCAAACCAGCAGUUCAGGUACUCAACAUAUUUUUGGAUCCUACACUUCCUAGAUCAUCAACCUCAAAUCCUCAAAUCUUAUUUAAGUAUUUAAAGUUGUUGACUAGUGCUUAGAAAGAUAGAGCCAAGGACAGAACUCUAUUACAUACCACUAAAGACCUCUUUCCUUCUGUCAAACGUUUCUCAGUGGACUUUGAGUACAGAUGGACAACUUCCAAAUCUAUCUGACUGAACUGUCUUAAUUCAUAUUCUCCACAAUGAAGUGAGAAUUUCUGAACUGCAAGUAAACUGUCUACAGAAUGCCUAGAAACUGUUAGCUACCACCACGCCAGGCAUGAAAGCUGUUUGAAGCAGUUCUUUUUCAUCUAGGAAAAAUACUGUGGCAUCGUAGAAAAGCCUACCAUUUGGGAUCACGACAGAAAGGCCGAGCAGAAUGAAGCCUUGAAAGGUAAGGACUAUAUCCUAGAAGAAUAUUCUGAUUUGAUAGGUAUUGGCCCCAUCAUACAGGCCAAGAACCAGCCCCAGAGAAGGUAAGUGAUUUGCUAUUCUAAUUAAAAAUCAAGUGAUGAGGAAUAUAGGCUGGCCACCUGAGAAGCUCCAAAACUUUUUGGUUAUUUUUCUAGAAAAAGGAGAAAAUAAUUUUAAUGAUUCUUACCUGGUAGUGCAAAAAUAAUUUUUCUUACACCAUCAAUAUCCAAAGUUGCAAAUGUUGUUGGCAAGCUAGAAACAAAAAGAAUGUUCUUAUUUGUGAUUAUUAAGUAACAGAAGAGGUAACUGGAGUGCUUUAAUUUUCUUGUUCAGUGAUUCACUUACCAUAGAAAAACACUCUUCUGUUGACUUGCCUUUAAACCUUCCUCCUCUGAAAUCAGCUGCUUGAGUACUAUCUGUUUUCAAGUAUCCAAACUUCCCAGUUUUCUGUACCUUCCAUCUUUUGUCGGUACCAUAGUAACACAUUCUAAAUUCUGAUGUUUCCAAAUGUCCCCAUCCCUGUACUCAAUGAUGUUUAUAGUGUUUUUGUUGGAGAUUUAACAGUCCUCUUCCUAUCAGAAUACUACCUGAUAAAGUAUUUCUAAGGGUUUUGCUCAAGAUUAAUGUUUUUGAUCUUAAUGUGUAGAAGUGCUUUACUGCAUGUGCGCAUGUGCACCAUGUACACGAGUGACUCAGGAGGCAGAAGAGUGCAUUGGAUCCUCUGGAGCUGAAGAUAGAGCUAUUUGUGAGGGACCAUGUACGUGCUGACAACUGAUCCCAAGUCCCUGUAAGAGCAGCCAGUGCUCCUAACCACAGCGGCAUCUCUUCAGCCCCUCGUAUCUUUUAAAAAUGAUGCUCAGAAAUAUUCACUUAAAAAACACCCUCACUUAUUAAGAUGCUUUUGAAUUAUAGAUAAAUAAAAUUCCAUAGCUGGAACAAAGUUAAAGCACCCUUCUCAAGAUUCUGACAUAACUUCAUCCCUGAUCUCAAGCUGUACUACAGAGCAAUAGUAAUAAAAACUGCAUUGUACUGGCAUAGAAACAGAAUAAUGGAUCAAUGGAAUAGAACUGAAGACCCAGACAUAAACCCACACACCUAUGGAUUCUUGAUUUUUGACAAAGAAGCCAAAACCAUACAAUGGAAAAAAGACAGCAUCUUCAGUAAAUAGUACCAGUCUAACUGGAUGUCUAUAUGUAGAAAAAUGCAAAUAGAUCCAUAUUUAUUACCCUGCACAAAACUAAAGUCCAAGUGAAUCAAAGACCUCAACAUAAAACCAGAUACAUUAAACCUCCUAAAAGAAAAAGUGGGGAAGAGCCUUGAACUCAUUGGCACAGGAGACAACUUCCUGAACAGAA